UUUUUCUUUUCUCUUUUCUGCCAAACAGCCUUUGGUUUCAAUUCCACCUCUCGUUUUAUUUGUGCUCCAAACUUCUUCAAAUAUGUCCCAUCCCCUCAUCACCAUCAGCCAUAACUUCUACACAGAACGAACCUCAAAUAUCUCGCCGCUUCUCUCUCUGAAGAGAGACACAAACAACAACAAUAAUGGCAGCUUGCACAGUGUACACAACAACAAAGUCUCUCAACACAAAAUGCUCCAUUUCAUCUCCAUCAAAAUCACAUUGGGGUUAUUUUGCCCAGAAACAGCGGCUAGUUAUCUUCAGGACAAGAAGAAGAAGCAGCCUAUGUGUGAUAACAUGCGGUGCAGUUGCAGGUGAUCAUGAUCAGACGGUAGUGAUUGGUCUUGCUGCAGAUUCAGGCUGUGGCAAGAGCACAUUCAUGAGAAGACUAACCAGUGUGUUUGGAGGAGCAGCAGAACCACCAAAAGGAGGGAAUCCAGAUUCCAACACUCUCAUUAGCGACACCACAACAGUUAUUUGCUUAGAUGAUUAUCAUUCAUUGGACAGAAAUGGAAGAAAAGAGAAAGGAGUCACAGCACUUGAUCCCAGAGCCAACAAUUUUGAUCUUAUGUGUGAACAAGUUAGGGCACUUAAGGAUAGAAUUGCUGUGGAGAAACCCAUUUAUAAUCAUGUCACUGGUCUCUUGGAUCCUCCUGAGCUCAUCAAGCCUCCCAAAAUCUUGGUCAUUGAAGGUUUGCAUCCAAUGUUUGAUCCUCGGGUGAGAGAACUGCUGGACUUCAGUAUCUACUUGGACAUCAGCAAUGAAGUGAAAUUUGCAUGGAAAAUUCAGAGAGACAUGGCAGAGCGUGGGCACAGUCUUGAAAGCAUCAAGGCUAGCAUUGAAGCUCGGAAGCCUGAUUUUGAAGCCUUUAUUGAUCCUCAGAAGCAAUAUGCAGAUGCCGUGAUAGAAGUGCUGCCAACCCAGCUCAUUCCAGAUGAUAAUGAAGGGAAGAUUUUAAGAGUGAGGUUAAUACAGAAAGAAGGGGUUAAGCAUUUUAGCCCUGCUUACUUGUUUGAUGAAGGCUCUACCAUUUCCUGGAUACCAUGUGGGAGGAAGCUAACUUGCUCUUAUCCUGGUAGUAAAUUCUUCUAUGGACCAGAGACUUACUAUGGUCACGAGGUAUCAGUUGUGGAGAUGGAUGGGCAAUUUGACAAACUAGAUGAACUGAUUUAUGUUGAGAGCCAUCUCAGUAACCUCUCAACAAAAUUCUAUGGAGAGGUCACACAGCAGAUGUUGCAACAUGCUGAUUUCCCAGGAAGCAACAAUGGGACAGGUCUUUUCCAGACAAUAAUUGGUUUGAAGAUUAGAGAUUUAUAUGAGCAAAUAAUAGCCAGCAGGGCUAGGACUCCAGUAGGAGCAGCACAGGCCUAGAGAACCUGCCAUUAUACAUAUUGAACAAGGCAGGCUCUGAAACACUCCCACAAUCAUUUAUUCUAUUGUGUUUCCCCUUUUUUUGGGGAUAUUUUCUGUUGAUUUGUCUAUUAUGGGCGGUCUUCAUUAAAUUGAGAAUACUCUGGAUGUACUUAUUGGAUCUGUUUCAAGUUAUGAAAUAGAGAAGCAAAAGCUGGGAUGAAAUAUCCCAGAAGGUU